AUGUUCUUCUCAUUUGUAAAGUCCACGGUUAACAGGGGAAGACCCUUCUAUUCUGCAUCGCGAUCUCUCAAACAAAUAGCGUUUGUGUUCGAUAUAGAUGGAGUACUUGUACGAGGAUCAAAGGCAUUACCAACCGCAAAACCCGCAUUAGAACUUUUAAAUAAAAAUAAUAUUCCCUUCAUCUUACUUACAAAUGGUGGAGGGGUUACUGAAAGUAGUAGAGUAAACUUUUUAUCUUCCGAAAUCGGGGUCCCACUUUCUCCUUUACAAAUUGUUCAAUCUCAUACCCCUUUAAAGGCUCAAAUUAACAAGUAUAAGCGGGUGAUGGUCGUGGGCGGCCCAAACGACCUGGCAAGACAUUGUGCCUUAGAAUAUGGAUUUAAAGAUGUAAUUAUGCCUAUUGAUUUAGUUAGGAAAGAUCCAUCUAUAUCACCACAUCAUCGAUUUACUCAAGAAGAAUUAAAUAAAUUUGCCUUGAAAGAUGUUGAUAUUUCAACUCCAGUGGAUGCAGUCUUGGUAUUUAAUGAUCCUCGUGAUAUGUCAACUGAUAUUCAAAUUAUUCUUGACAUGUUAAAUUCAAAAAAUGGUGUUAUUGGUACUCAUAGAGAACAUACAACCACCACCUUGAGAUCAACCCCUUCAAUCCCCAUUAUUUUUAGUAAUAAUGAUUUCUUAUGGGCUAAUGAUUAUAAGCUCCCUCGCUUUGGUCAAGGUGCAGUGAGGCUUAUGAUCGAGGCCCUAUAUGCCGAAUCCAAUCUGGGCGCUAAAUUAGAAUCCACCAUCAUGGGAAAACCUUUCAAAGUGCUGUACGAUUACGCCCAUCACGUAUUGAUUGAUUGGAAGGCCAAGAUGGCAACUAAUGGCGGUGUUACUCUUCAAAAUGAAUCCUCCGCUCAAAUCUUGCCAGAACUUGGCGUUACUCCAACCAAUCUGCCCUUUGAUAAGAUCUACAUGGUUGGUGAUAACCCUGCGUCCGAUAUCAAAGGCGCGAAUGACGCCGGUUGGGAGUCCCUUUUACUAAGAACUGGCGUGUACCGCGACCAGGAUUGGGGCCUGGCCAUAGCCCAUCCUACCGCAGGUGUCCACAAUGACGUACUUGCGUCUGUACGGGAGACCUUACGCACGAACGGAUUUGAUGUUUAG